UCCAAGCCACAGUCAGCAGUCAUUCGAACAUAUUGGCGGGAGACGGUUGCUGAGGAAGUGUCCUCAUUACCCCAAGGACAAGCAUUCUACAAGCAGAAUCUUUGGAAAAAUGUCAUCCACACCCAAUGUGAAGAAGCAGCCAACUAUAUCCAAGUUCUUCGCCCCAAAGCACAAGAAUGGGGGUGCAAUGUUCAGAACAGAUGAGGAAAAGAAGGAGAAAAACAACAAAGUUGUAGAGGUAAAUUAUUCACCAACGUUAAAAAGGACAAAGAGCAGUGGCUCUGAAAAUGGGUCACCAGUCGCUGAGCACAAGUCCAAGAAACUCAGAGGUGAGGAUAGUCACUCAGGCAGCUCAAGUCAAGAAACCAGUGAAAGUGGCGCAUGUGAAAAGAAAUCCCUAGCACCAUGGACCAAGAACAGGCUUCAGUCAUUUAAAGCUGAAUCAUCCAGUGACAAUGAGGAUAAAAUGGAAGUUGAAGAAGAAGCUUUGGAGCCCUCCAAGCCAGUCAAGACUGUCAGUCAAAAUGGAGUCAAGAUGAAAUUGGAUUCUUUUAACAGGCCACAGUGUAGUAAUAGUGACAGCAGCCCCAGUGGUAGCCAGGCAACAGAAAAAAAAACAUCUAGCAAACCAGGGUUAAUGAAAGCACUGCCCGGAUUGAAGCUCACACCUCUAGAGCAGCAAGUUGUGGCUAUCAAAAAUAAGCACCUUGAUACAGUUCUCUUUGUGGAGUGUGGCUAUAAGUACAGAUUUUUUGGACAUGAUGCAGAAAUUGCAGCAAAGGAACUAAACAUUGUUGCUCAUUUAGAUCACAGUUUUAUGACAGCCAGCAUCCCUACACACCGACUGCAUGUUCAUGUCAGGAGACUUGUAGCUAAAGGUUACAAAGUUGGUGUGGUUAAGCAGACUGAAACAGCUGCAUUGAAGGCAGCUGGAAGCAAUAAGAGUGCUCCUUUCGAACGGCAAUUGACUGCUAUGUACACAAGAUCCACCCUCAUUGGGGAGGAUGUAACACCAGCAGGAGGAGGAGAUGGAGUUGAUGAUGGAGACUUGUCUGAAGGGACAACAGCAAUGCUCUUGGUUGUCAGUGAGGGCAAAAGCUCAGGAGGAAAGGAUGGUACUGUGGGAAUUUCUCUUGUGGCCAUCCAACCAAGCACUGGAGACAUUCUCUAUGAUCACUUUGAUGAUUCCUCAACUCGCACAGAGCUCUGGUGUCGUUUGGACCACAUCCAGCCAGUCGAGGCUCUUGUACCAGAGAGCAUCUCUGAACUAACAGUUAGAGCAGUUACCUCUGCAACCACUAAAAAUGAGGAUUGCAUUCGGAUAGAGAGGCUUACAGACACAAAAUUUGAUUACUCUGAGUCUCUGAAGAAAGUGUGUGAACUGUUUGAUGGUGAUGAGAACAUGACCAAACAUGUGUCUGGGCUGCCCUCAGAUGUUGUUGGCUGCUUAGGUGCAACUCUGGAUUAUCUUGCAGAGUUCAAAUUGGACCGUAUUAUAAAAAUGGCAGGGUCCAUACGACAAUACACCAGUGAAAAGCACCACAUGCGACUGUCUGGUGCAACAGUACGCAAUUUGGAAGUCAUAGCAAAUGGAGUGGAUGGGGGAACUAAAGGAAGUUUAUUCUGGGCUCUUAAUAAUACCCAGACAAAGUUCGGAUCUAGGCUUCUUCGCCACUGGGUGGUUCAACCCUUACUGAGUUUAGAAGAUAUUAUAGAACGUCAAGACAUGAUUGAGGAGUUGAUGAACUCUGAUGCUCCAGUUAUAGUGUCACUGAAGAAUGUUUUGAAUAAACUACCAGAUUUUGAAAGGGCACUCACGACAAUAUUCCACAAAAAAUGCAGUCCUCAUGAGUUCUGGUUAGCUGUAAGUGGACUGAGUCGAGUACACAGAGAGCUCUUACGAGUCGGCGGUAAUGUUGGAGACACAGUACAAACACCAGGAUUAGUGAAGCGCUUGCAGGAAGUUCUUGAUGGCCUGGCAAAUGUUGAAGAUUUUGCAAACAAUAUUGAUCCAUCCAGUGCCAAAGAGGGCAAGAAAAAAACACUUUUCCGAGAUUUUUCUGAAUUUCCGAAGGUCCUGGAAAAGCAAAAGGAAAUUUCUGAUGUUGAGCAAGAACUGAAAGAUCUUAAACCAGAAAUUGCAAGAGCUUUGCGACUGCCAUGUUUUAAUUACACAACAGUAUCUGGUCUAGAAUAUCUAAUUGAAGUAAAAAAUGCACAAUUGAAAGCAGUUCCUAAAAACUGGACAAAAGUCAGCAGUACAAAGGCUUGUUGUAGAUUCAGGUCACCAGAAGUGGACAGGCUUUUAACAAGAUUACAGCAGCUUCGUGAACAGCUGCAGGUGGCUUGUCAUGAGGCUUGGCUUCAAGUAUUAGAUUCCUUCGCAAAUCACUACCAGCGGCAUCGUCAGGCAGUCAGAUGCCUUGCUGAGCUUGAUGCUCUUUGUUCUCUUGCAAGUGUUGCAAAAUCCCAAGGAUACUGUCGACCAUUGCUACAUGCUAAUGAAGAAAAGGGAUUCCUAAAGAUAACAGGAGGAAGACAUCCAAUUGUGAGUCAGCUGAAGCAUGGAGAUGAGCAGUAUGUGGCCAACGACACAAACUUGCAGACAGAUAGUGAACGUGUUAUGUUGGUGACAGGACCAAAUAUGGGAGGCAAGUCAUGCUACAUGCGGCAGGUGGCACUGAUAGCACUAAUGGCACAGACUGGAAGUUAUGUCCCAGCAGACAAAGUAGAGAUGUCUGUAUUAGAUGCAAUAUACACAAGAAUGGGAGCAGCAGAUGAGAUCUAUACAGGACGCAGUACCUUCAUGGUUGAAGUUGGUGAAACAGCAGACAUCAUGCAUGAGGCCACUUCACGUUCUCUUGUUAUUCUUGAUGAGUUAGGCCGAGGGACAUCCACACAUGAUGGUGUUGCUGUAGCUAUGGCAGCUCUUGAGUACUUCCUGAAUGAGGUGCAGUGCUUGACCAUCUUUGUAACACACUACUUGCCUUUGACUGAAUUUGAAAUGAUAUAUCCGGGCCUCGUUGGAAACUACCACAUGUCAUUCAUAGUCAAUGAAGAAG